AUGAUAGCAAAAGUUUUCCUAUUGGGCCUACUAGUUGCCGCCAGUUGUGCCUCACCCUUGACGAGCACGGUUAACUAUGCUGACGCCGUUAAAACGUACCUUGAGGCCUUCCAGAAGAUGGCGCCCUGUGGCUAUGCUGCGGAAAAUAUACCUGUCUUGGAGCCGCUGAUCGACGCAUUCACCGCCUUCAACUACACCAGAGGAGAGACGAGCAUCGUUGGCAAUGCGAGCAACAUUCGCAUCUCGGGCCUUAGCAAUAUUGUGAUCCUGAAAGGUGAAUACGAUCCCAACACUUUGCGCGCCUCAUUCGACAUUUUGUUCCAGGAGAUUCAAAUUUUGGGCUCCACCAUAAUGGAGGGCGUUUUUAACAUGCUUGGCUUCACGUUCCCCAUGCGCCAAAACACUUUGCUCAACGAACGACUGCAGCAACUGCGUAUUGUGGGUGAAUACACAUUUGCCCAGAGCCUGUCCAAUUCCAAUGGACUGCGCAUGAUCGACCUAAAGCUGCAGUUUUACGUGGCCGAUGUGAAGAUCGACAACUGGGACACACUGCUGAAUAUAUCGACCAACAACUAUUUGGAAAGCAUCACCCGCGAGACACUUUUGGCCUUAGUUAAAGAGAUCCAGCCCAGAGUAAAUCAACUGAUCGCCAAGUAUGUGCUGCCCGAUGUCAAUGAUUUGCUCUCCGCAGUCAACCUGACUCAGCUGACCAACUACUUUGUCAACACCGCCAACAAUUGGAACAGUGCCAACUGCAAUGUUAUGGCCUAA